UGGUAAAUAAAAGCGAGAUGAAACCCGUCAUUGUCUUUGCUGGCUGAGGGAAGCCGGUUCUCUGACUACAGCAUUUCUCAAACCUUUAAAAUUUAGGAAAUCGAUACCGUUUGUUUUAUACCAGUUAUGUUAGAGAUACAACAUAAAACAAGCCAGAAGCCCUGCUGCAGCUGGCAGAGAGACUCACACAUCUAUUAAUACUCCUUUAUUGAGCAAGACUCACUGUCCAACAGACAGGCAGAUCAAUGAGCGAAUCCUCUAACUUUAGUUUCCUCUCCAGAGCUCGUGCUUACAAAAUGACUCACAUGCAUAAAAGUCAAACAAGUGCAGAAAAAGAUCUCUCGACAGUCAUAUUUUCCUUCUUCCCGCGCACUCUACCCUUCCUCCCUCCCCCUCUCGCUCUCCCUGAGAAACAACACAACCAGCUACUGUUGUUUAAGUUUCGCUAACACUUAUGAAUCCACUAUCAAGUGUUCAGUAAAGUCUCGCAUGUGCGUAACGCGAGGUGCAGAGAGACCUCUGAAGGAUAUGUGAGAUCCUGAAAGGAGGUUUGGGGAGGGUGUCCGCACUGAGACUGAUCCAGAAUCAGAUUUAUGGAAGGCAGCUGUUGAGGGUUUGACAGACAGACGGAUCGGAGGACUCCAGCACUGCUGCGCAACACAAGCAGAUUUGAGCCUGCAGAGGAGUGUGUCCGGUCACACUAAAACAGCAAGGAUGGUGCGUGAGCAGUACGUCACCACCACAGAUGACUCUGGGACCCUGGCUUCAGUCUCAGAGUACAUCUACAUGAUCGGCAUCUACGGCUGGAGGAAACGCUGCCUCUAUCUGUUUGUUCUGCUUCUCCUGAUCAUCCUGGUGGUGAACUUUGCCCUUACGAUCUGGAUCCUGCGAGUUAUGUGGUUCAAUACAGAAGGCAUGGGAUACCUGCAAGUCAAUGCAGAUGGGCUGAGACUGGAGGGAGAAUCAGACUUUCUGUUUCCUCUUUAUGCCCAGGAAAUCCACUCCAGAGAGGAUUCAUCUCUUCUGGUGCACUCCUCUGAGAAUGUGAUGCUCAAUGCCCGCAAUGCCAAUGGUGACGUCACAGGAAGUGUGUCCGUAGGUCCCAGUCAGGCUGAGGGCUUUGGCCAACACUUCAACAUCAGUUCAAACCAUGAUGAAAAUGUGUUUUAUGCAGAUAGAAAUGGAGCUGUUGUGGGAAAAGGAAAGCUCCGUGUAACAGGUCCAGAAGGUGCUUUCUUUGAGCAUUCGGUUAGGACUCCUCUGGUCAAAGCAGUCCUCAACAAAGAGCUAAAACUGGAGUCUCCAACACGCUCUCUCAGCAUGGAUGCCCCAAAAGGCGUUCACGUCAAAGCCUUGGCUGGAAACGCCGACGUGACGGCACAUUUUGACAUUCUGCUACACUCAACUGCAGGACUGCUGAUCUUAGAUGCUGAAUCUGUUCGUCUGCCGACAUUACCAGUGGGAGAAGCCCGGACUUCAGGUGAUUCUCAGGGAAUGUACGACAUGUUUGAGGUGUGUGUUUGUCCCAGCGGUAAGCUGUUCCUCUCCAGAGCUGGUGUCUCCUCGACCUGCAGCGAGCACCAGGACUGCUGAAUGAGCUUCUGUCUGUAACAUAAACAGUAGUAACAAAUCUCCAAUAGAAACAAGGAUUUGUCUCUGAGCAAGGUAAAAAAAAAAGCCACACUAAUUUAGUUACAAAAUGUAUUAUGUUACUGAACAGUUGUUCCCAACCCUGCUCCUGGAUUUCCACCAACACUGGACGUUUAUGUCUCUCUUAUCUGAAACACUCAUCUGACGUCUUGUUCUGCAUCCAAAUUUGCGUCCUAAAUAGUAUUUGAAAUUAGAAUGAAUUUGUCCCAAAUCAUAGUAUGAUGAAAUGAGGAUUCCAAGGAUGGUCUACUUUUUCCGGUUAGAGUCUGAAGUGCAGAUCCGUGUAAACUCUUAAUGGCUAAUAUCGCCCACAACCCAUUGCAUGUUGGGCGAGGAUUCAAUUAGACAAGCAAAACUAAAAAAAGUUAAACUACAAACAUGGCGGUGUGCGAGUCCAAUGGUUAAGUAGAGAGGUUUAGAAAUUUUAGAGGGUUUUAUAUGAUUAUUUCAGUAU